UUCUCUAAAAAUCCUAACCUUCUCCGCCCCUGUUCUUCGUUUUUUUUGGUGAGAUCUCUCAGAUCUUUGGGGUUUUCGCUCAAAAUUGUUCUCAAACUUUAACCGGAACGACAUUCCGGUGAGAUCCCCUCUAGUUUUGUCCCCUUUGUCGUCCCAAAUCCCGGUUGGUAAUCGAUUCUCUGGUGAAAUUUUUUUGGGGAUAAAAUCGGAGUUUUAUUAGGGUUUUAUUAAUUUCUUAAUGGGAUCCUCUUCCUCCAAAUAUCUUCCGACUUAUUCGGUUGGUACUUCUGGGCAACGAAUUCCUGACUCAAACUGUGAUUGGGGCUCGAAAUGCAUUUGUCCCAACAACGAGCACUCGUAUUCUGGCGAGUAUCUGAAUAAUUUGAGGUUGGCCCAGAAGGAGAACACGAGUACCCGAAAUUAUCUCAAAGCUUGGUUUGAGAAAAUGGAAGUGGAGCCUGGUGAAGAGGUGGAGUCCAAAUACGACGAUCGAGUCCCCACACCAGCAGAUCUGAGAUUCUUUGGAGGAGACGAAUCUGAUGAGGAACCCAAUCACUCUGAUUCAUUCGACCUAUACUAUGUGGGUGAGUGUGAGAACACAACUGCUGGUCCAGAGGUUUCUGAUGGGCAAUGUUCGGUUUCGUCCCCAAACGUGAAGGAAGAUGAAAUAAAAAAAAAGCCACCUAAGGGUGUUGAUGAUGCUUAGAGAUAAGUGUGUCUUCUAUAAACCCUCUUUUAAUUAUAUUUGGAUUGCUGGUUAGCUGUGGAGACAUAAGGUGGAGUAGCCAACAACUGUGAUCUGUUGUUGGCAAGGGGUGUUGUUGUUUUGUUGAUGAUGUGAUAGGGUUUGGAGUGUAUUCAUGUCCUCUAUUAUUGCCUUGUUGCUUGAAACAUGUUGCCUUGUUGAUUGAUGAAUGUUGCCUUGUUGAUUGAUGAAUGUUGCCUUGUUGAUUGAUGAAUGUUGCCUUGUGUGCUUGCUGAUUUAAUAAUGUUGCCUGUUGAAACUGUCAUAUGUUUGCUGGUUGAUUAGUGUUGCCUUGAGAGGGGUGAAAGCAUAUGGGAUGGGUUUAUGAAUAAAAUUUUAACAUGUGAUUGGAAAAAAACAGUUUCAUUAAAGUCCCCUCUUAUUGUUUGUCUUUCCUGAAUGCUUGGUCUGUGAUGUUAGGGUUUGAAUGAGGUCUAUGAUGAGUCUUUCAGUGCUGAGAAACUAUCCAUGUUUCAUAAACCACAGUGCGCCAUUAGCAUCCAGCCGUAGGCUGUAUGAGGCUUUUGUGUGCUAAUGGUUUGUGAACAUGGUGUGGUUCAAUGAAGCUUGGGGACAUCUGAGACCAAAUUUAACAUGAUGAUGAGUCUUUCAUAUGCUGAGUCUUUCAUAUGCUGAGAAACAAUUCAAGUUACAUCGAUGAUGAGUCUUUCAUAUGCUGAGAAACAAUUCAAGUUACCUACACUCACUCGUGCUGCCAUUAGUAUCAGUGAUGAUGCUUCUCAGGCGCUAAGUGUGUGUAGGUUGAAUUUGUUUCAAUGAUGCUUGGGGACAUCUGAGAUGAAUUUUGAUGUCAUGCAUGUUUUACUUUUGUUAGUUAGGUGGUCCUUCAAAGGGGAUUGACUUAUUUUUAAAUAUCCAAUGCGAUAGUUCACAAUUUGUCAAUUCCCUUUGGAAGGACCACCAUGACACUUAAACAACAUGUUUGAUUGUGGUGUUAAUGAUAAUCAAUGAUGUUAAAGGUUGAUAUCCUGAGAUUUAUGUUUCAAUACUUGUCCUUUAACUCCUUUUGUCGAAUGGAGUGAUUGUCAUUUCACAUGAUCAGUAGUGAAUAUCAAUCAUUCCGUUCGGCAAAAGGAUGUUAAAGUUGAGAAAAUAUUGAUACAAUAGAUCAAUGAUGCUAUUCAACAACUCUGAGAUUGGAACCCUAAUGUUUGCUAAUGUCCCAUGUGUGAGUUUGGUCAUUGUUAAAAUUUGGAAACAUACUACAUAUAUGCUGUAAAUCAACCUAUCUGAGAUUGUUGUGCCUUGUCCAUUGCUGCCUUGUUAUUUGUUUUGAGUCAUCUAUGAUGAGUCUUCAUUUGCUGACACUCAAACCCUAUAUUCCAUUAACACUCAUGCGCCAUUAGCAUGAAUAAUGCUUCUCAGGAGCUAAGUGUUGGUGGAUGGGGUUUGUGUGAGGGAUGCUUGGGGACAUUCUGAGAUGGUUGUGUGUACUUGCUUCUAUGUACUUGAUGCCUUCUUCUUCAUGCUUUGUUCAAUGAUGAAUUGGUUUAAGCAUAUCGAAUUUUACUUUUGUUGACGCAUCGGUAUCUAGGUGGUAAGAUUUUCCAUCUGAAAAUGAUGUGAUAUGCAUUCUUUCCACUUAGAUGACGAUGUGUUUAGAGAAGUGAUUUUGCAUAUGACUUUCUAAGUAUGUUGUAAGUAAAUACCUUGCCUUUGCUGCCUUGCUCAUGGCCUUGUUUUUUUGAGUUGUUCAAUGAUGAAAUGAUUUAGUAACUCGAAUAUUACAUCUUUUGACGCAUCGGUUUCAAAAUGGGAAUAAAUUCCAUCUGAAAAUGAUGUGAUAUUCAUUCUUUCCAUUUUGAAGCUGAUGUGUUUAGAGUUGUGAUUUUGCAUGUCCUGAGUUUCCUACACUUUUAGUAUCCUCUGUCAAAUGGAGUGACUUUCCUUUCCCAUUUCUGUUUGUGUUAGUCAUUCACUCCAUUUGGGAGGAGGAUAUUAAAGUUUAGGAUUCAAUGAUGAUGAACACAUACAAACUGAGAACAACAUGUCCCCAUGCUUUGCCUUGGCUUGAAAAUGAAUUCAUGUGUUGCCUUGAAAACAUAAAGUUGUCCCCUUAAUGGUUUAAGGAAUGGCUGACUCAUUAAAUUGGUGUUUUGUGUUUCAAUUACAACUACAAAUAAGAAACAUGAUUGUGAAUAUGAUGAACAAAAACUAAACUAUGAUUGUGAUAACCUAGUUAUUGUUGCCUUGUUGAUGCUGUCUUGUUCAUAUUGCCUUGUGCAUUGCUGCCUAGUUAUUGUUGCCUUGUUGAUGCUGUCUUGUUCAUAUUGCCUUGUGCAUUGUUGCCUUAUGAUUUUGACUUAUCCUGAAAUCAUAUGUUAAUAUGCAAUGUACAUGUUCCCUUAUGAUUUUGAAUAAUCCUGAAAUCAUAUGUUAAUAUGCAAUGUACAUGAAUAACUACAAAUAUGUGAGUAUGAUGAACAAAAACUAAAGAUUAACAACAACAAAUUGAUUCAUUCAUUCUUCCAGUUGAUAUGUUGCUUCCAAAAUGUUUUAAAUACAUGUGAUGCUUUCAUUCAAGCUUACAAAAGUGACAUUUUGUUUGCUCUUGUAACUUUUAAAACAUGUUCCCAAAACACAAAAAGUAAUCUCUCGUUCUUGCUCUAUACUUCACUGAUUUGCUCUCCAUUCAUCAACAAGUUGUUUGCAUUCAUUCACAGCCCACCUUGGGGCCUUAACUUGUUCUGGCAGAUUCCCCUCAUCUUCUAAAAUCUUUUUCUUGUUGUGUGGGAGUUGGUAGUCAUUGUCCCCCUUGUGUUUCAAAAUUUCAUUUCCAACAUAUUGAAGUGACAUCCACACAUUAGAUAGAGUCUUUGCAUGCAGUUCAUUAUAUGCCUCAGUCACAGCACCACUUAAAUCUUCAACUGUUUUAGGCAUCUUUUUGUGCAUUAGUGAUUGAAUUGACCUAAAGAACCCCAAGUCUAAUAUGUUACAAUCUGGACUGUUUGCUGGCUGCUGAGUCAAUAUCAAUGUGAAGCCAUCUUGCUUG